AUGGCAGAGAUCGCUGGUCUGGUUCUCGGGGCCGUGCCUCUCGUCAUAUCUGCCCUUGAACACUACCAGGAAUUCGUUGACCCCGCCGUGGCCUUCUUCAAAUGGCGCGGAGAAUUAUCAAAAGUAAUUUUGCGCUUGGUCACCGAGAGGGCCACAUAUGAUCAAAACCUUCGUUUGAUGCUUGCGCGAAUUGUGAGCCACGAUGAACUGGACCGGAUGGUCGAAGACCCCCAAGAUCACCUCUGGACGUCCAGAGAGCUUCUUCUGGACUUGAAAAGCGAGUUAAGCAGAGCUUACGGGCCAUGCAUGGCAUUAGUGAAGGAAAUGGAGGCCGUCAUGGUGACCAUCGCGGCUGGUCUAGACAUUGACGGCUCGGAUCAGACUGUUAUAUCAGCCAACCCACCAGUCUCGAAGACGCCUGAUCCUCGUCAGCGCUUUCAGUUCCGGAAGCGCGUCAAUUUCACCAUGAAGCGGCGGACCAUCGACAAGAAGCUCACCGAACUAGAAAGCUGCAACAGGAAACUUCGAGACUUGCUAACGGGCGCCGAUGCGAUUAAUGCAAUUCAGCAGGACGAAGGGCCUACCCGAAGACCGCGCAUCCGCUUCGUGGCACCCCUUCAGAGCAUCCGCGCAAACGCCUCGAGAGUCCACGGAGGGCUCUGCGGGCGGUGGUGUUCGGAUCACGACUCUCAUCAUGCGGGGCUGCUUCUAGAACAACGCAUUGCUCGACGCGUAAAGAAGAGCCGGAAGGGAAACGUGAUGGAGGCGGGUAAAAUGGAUCGCUUCGGAGUAUCGCUAUGGCGGGCUGCGGUCAUGACAUGGCUCGAUACAGAAUUCAGGAUUGACGACUCACUAAUAACGGCCAGAAGCCAAAAUGCACCAAAGGUGACAUUCUCAAUGGCAGAACUGAAAGAAAGCCUAGAUGAGCCCGGAAGCAUAACAGUCCUAGAGGUGAAGGACAUAUGCACGACCAUCGAGGAAGCCAUGCACCCUCACAUCGGCUUCGCCAUCGACUCAUCGGAUAUACUGAGGGGACUAUACCAGGUAGAAACCCAAAAAUGCACUCUCGCCCAGAGCCAUAUGACGCUGGACGGGUUCCUGCCAUCUAUCAAGCGCCAUGACUACGUGCUGGCAGAUUACUACUGCCUCGCCGUCACCCUCGCGUCUUCGGUUCUGCAGCUUAGCGAGACCCCCUGGCUACAUCAGCCUUGGAGUAGGAGGAGCAUCGCCUUCCUACGUUUGAAGGGCGGGAAUGCUUCAUCGGUGGACAUCAGACAUCCCUACCUUACAUGUCAAUACUGUGCCGAUGAGCCAUCGCCCCAGUCCAGGUCUGACGUCCCACCUGCCGGGCGAAUAAACAUGCUCGCCCUCGCCAUAAUGCUAGUGGAACUGAAAUGCGGCAGCCCAAUAGAAAGCUUGCGGCAAGUCCAAGAUCUACCCCCGAACGGACAGCCGAAUAUGUGGACCGACCUUUCGACGGUGACGAGGUGGCUCGAUGUCCAGGUGAACGAGGGGAAUCUCAGCUUUGGGUUCACGAGCGCCAUCACAUAUUGUCUUCAAUGCUGCGUCAAUCCGUUCGCAUCGCUGGAUGAUACGGACUUUGUCCAGUCGAUCGAGGAAAACGUCUUGGAACCUCUGGAGAGAGAAAUGCAACAGCUGCUGUAUGGGUAG